UUCGAUUGCGUGCAUAGCAAUUUUUUCCGUUCCAGAUUUCACAAUAUUUCACCUCAUCCAGUCGAUUAAGUUGUAAAGAAAUAAAACGAACGAAAUUAUCUGUAAUUCCUGACUACAGAUUGCGUUAUUUGAGCUUGUAAACAUUGCCAUUUCGGCCUGUUUUGGUCGAUCAAAUCCAACUCUUCCAGUUCCUUCCACUCCAUCCAAAACCGAAAAUUUUAACCAGGCGGUUUUGGCUGAGAAAAGAAAAGAAAAAUGCUGGUUGAAGACACUGAUGCGUUGAAAACGCAUCUGACGAAUGUUUUGGAGCCUAUCUGUGAUGCCGACCCCCUCGCCUUAGCCAAGUAUAUCGUAGCUCUGGUGAAGAAGGACAAGACACCAGAACAAUUAAAAACAAGUUGUUUAGAUCAGCUCGAUGUGUUCCUACAAGAUAAAACGAACGGUUUUGUUGACAAUUUAUUUGAGUCUUUGGAGACGAAAUCAUACCUGACAGCUGCGAUGAAUGUAGAACCGGGGAAGGUAGAAACUGUCGAGGUGAAGGAUGUGGUGAAGGAAGAGAAAGAGACGGCCAAAAAAGAUGGUGCUGAUGUAAAGCCUGUGGAGGUGACGGAGCCUGUUGUGACAAAAUCAGAGAGUGAUCUCAGGAAAAGGAAGGCCAGUAGGUCUCCCCCACCAAUUGGUGGUGAUGAAGACCGAGAGAAUCGUCGGCGGUUGCGGUCACGGAGUAGAAGUCCAUUCAUGAGAGACCGAAGUCCCAGAAGUCCUUUCCGUGGUGCUCUAAGAGGCAGAAACAGAGAUGAGAGGCGUCGACAGCCAUAUUACCCUGGCAGACGACCCUGGGACAACAGAAGAGACCGUUUUCACCCACCACCAUUCAGAGGUGAUUUUGACAUGCGGAGAAUAAGACGAAGAAGUGUCUCGCCACAACGCCGCUGGUCACGUUCACCACCACCAGCACAACAAAUGAACAGAUCUCCCCGGGGUCCUGGAGAUAGGGCCCCUGGAUCCCCAGGCCCUCAUGGCAACCGUCCACCCGGCCCCCGUCCACAAUCAAAGAGUAGAUCUUGGUCACCAAGGUCAAGAAGUAGGUCACCAAGAAUGCGAUCACCAAGACCACAGUCAAGGUCUAGGUCAUUUUCAAGGUCGCGAUCGAGGAGCUGGUCCAGGUCAAGAUCAUUCUCUAGGUCUCGUUCAAGGUCAUGGACAAGGUCAAGGUCGAGAAGCAGAUCUCCCUCAAGAGGGAGAAAAAGUAUGGGAAGCCGAGGCUCCACACCGCUCCUUGAUCGUGGAGACAGAGAUUAUCGUGGUAUUCCUGGUAGCAAUCUCAAGAACUCACUCAGGCCUCGAUGUAGAGACUUCGAUGAGAAGGGUUUUUGUAUGCGUGGUGAUCUGUGUCCGUUUGAUCAUGGCUUGGACCCAGUGGUGGUGGAAGAUGUGAACUUGAUGGCGUUUCCUCCGGGAGGUCCCCCUGGUGCUGGCGGACCCCCUCCACGGCAAGGCUUGCCCCCACCGCCACCAUUUGGCAUACCUCCACCUCCGAUGGGGCCUCGGGGACCGAUGAUGCGCCCCCAAGUCAGUCAACCUAGACCCCCUGGUUUGGUGUUGCCUGGACCACCUGAUUUGUCCCGACCGCCGAAUAUGCCUCCUGGUGCCAGGCUGCCACCCCCACCACCACCUGGAGUUCCAUCUUAUGAGGAUCGCAGUUAUGGUAUGUUCCCGAAGCCAGAGCCAUACAACCCUGAAGCACCCUCCAUGCAGAAUCAACCCUUCUGGAAUGGCAACCAAGGCCCGAGACCUCCGAUGCCUCCAGGUGGCGCUCCUAUGAUGGGUCAGCAGCCCCAAAGACGUGAUCUGGUCACUCUAUCAUCACACCCACCACGGCAGCCAUCAUCUAUGCCAGACGACCAAGGCCCAAAGCUCUCGGUUACUGUCAGGUCUGUUGGUCCCAAUGAUGCUGAGAGACGGGUUGUCGCCAGUGAUGCUGAGAAGAUGGAUGAAGAUAAGACAGAUGUUGCUGCACCAGUUCUGCCUGUGCCUUCAAAUCGUCCCCCGACUCAAGGCAGGAAUGUAUACAUCAAUGCACGGAGGCCACCACAGAACUUUGAUUAUUCCAGACUUGGUUCUCAUCGUCGUACAGUGCUGAGGAAGCCUGACUAUUCCAAUUGUUCACUCGUGGUCAGGAAGGUUCCCCUCGAGUUCAACAACAUCACCAAACUAAAUGAACACUUCUCAAAGUUUGGAGAGCUGAACAACAUACAGGUGUGUUUUGAAGGAGACCGUGAAGGAGCCCUGGUUACAUUCAGGACCAACUCAAUGGCAGCAGCUGCCUACAGGAGCAGUGAGCCGGUGUUCAACAACCGAUUCAUCAGAUUGUUCUGGCAUAACAAGGAAAGGCAGAAUGAGGAUGACAAGGAUAAAGACACUGAGGAUAAUAAUGGUGCAUCUAAUCAGCCCACACCGGAAGCAAAGAGAGAAGUUAUAAUCCCUCCACCUGAGAAACUCUCCUUGAAUAAGAAGUUGGAUGCCAUUAAGAAAGAAACAGCAGACAAGGCUGUGAUCAGCUCUCUCUCCAGUGGUAUGAUUGCCAAGACCAUCUACAACACGCAGGUUCUCAAGAACAAAGCGGCAGCAAUGAUCGCUAACAAGGCGGCCAUCACAGGGAGCACCGCCGAGGCACUGAAGAAGAGGAAGGAGGAGGUGAUCAGGAAGAAGAUGGAGAUCCAGAAACAGAAACAGGUUCUGCUCGAGAAGCAGCUGCAGCAGCAGAAGAUACUCAUUGAGAAGCUUGAGAACAAGAAGCUGAAGCCAGAGGAGAAGUCCGCCAUCAUUACCACAAUCAAGUCGCUGGCAUCUGGCAUUGAGAGUUUGAAGAAGGAGAUGACAGAGGUGUCGGCUGCUAAUAAAGCUGCAGCUCUGGAUCACCGUCCACCAAGAACAAAACAGGAGGCCCAGAAGGAGAUUCUGGACACCGAACUUGAACUCAUCAACAAGGAGAGUGCCGGUGCUCCUGAUACAGUUGAACUGAGAAAGAAGGUCUUGGAACUCAAGAAAGAGGCAGCAGCCCUUGGGCUCCUAGGUGGUGGCCGAGGUCGUGGUGGUACCUCGCGUGGUGGCUUCAGAGGAGGGCUGCGUGGUCGUGGCCGUGGGGCAGCAGGACGCUCGAUCGAUCAUCGCCCCAGGAUGUUGUCGGUGACAGGCUUUGAAGCUUCGGAUGCAGAAGCGGUGCUUACUCAUUGUGCUAUGUUUGGUGUGUUAGAAACGUCUGAUUUUGAUGACUCAAACACUACUCUCGUGGUGACAUACAAGACUAGGAAAGAAGCGGAACUCGCUGUCAUUGGUGCCAAGAAGUUCAACAGUAAAGUGUUGACAGUUGAAUGGCAUAGACCAGUCUCGGUGACCAUGAUGCCAGUCACGACUAAUCCCUCUGAUGUCACACUCUCCCUGGAGAGGGAGCUGGCGGCAGCUGUAGCUGAUGAUCAAGACGAUGAUAUUGAUGAGAUGGAUGAGGAACUCCUGUUGGACCUCGAGGAGGAGGAGGAAGAGGAUGAGGCUGAUGAGAGUCGAUCUUGGAGGCGGUGAGCAACGUGGCCACAGCAUCACGAUGGCUCGAGGAGGCCAUCUUGUAGAAUACUACGACAUACUAGGACAUCUCGCCGUCGAAUCUGUAUCGCGAGUCGGAUAUCUGUGAACUUUCACCAGGAUGGAUUCUAUGAUGUGUUAAUGGACACUGAGAAAAGACGAUGACAAACUGCCAGGGUCUGCUGGUUCAAACAACGUUGGUCACUAAUUGGUGUUGCCUAAAACUGUCAUCUGUGGAAUUAAUGACAAUUGUAGUUUUAUGUCUAAUUGCCAAUAUUAUGCUUUCGUUUUAUGAACCAGUUAGCCCAGAACUGAACUUAUUCGGACUUGACCUAUUCUGCUCAAUUAGACGUAGGGACACUGGGGCUGUGUGUGCUUCUCAUCAUGAGCAUAUGUCAUGAUUUGAGAAUUGAGGGUGUUCAAGUGACAUUUGGGAAAAUUAUGAUAAGGUGGCUGAUUAUGGUUACACAGCUAUAAUUACAGUACUAGUUGCUUGUGGGCACACAUAUAUAAAUUGGGGCGAAAACAGUGAUGGAGAUGAAGCAUCACCCUCAAAUCUCAGCAUGCUAAAACAGUCCAAAUGGAAGUCUUUGUAAAGCUCUUUACUUGUCAAUGUGUUGCUAUUGCAUUACACUAUGGAAAUCAAUUGGGGUCGCUUCAUAUCCGUGGGCUUUGGUUUGGGAAUCUCCAUGAAAUUGAGUUGCUUAUCUCCUGUGCUUGGUGGUGUCAUUGCCUCCCAUUUGGAGUCUGUUAUUAUGAGCAGAACCUGCAGACUGUACAGAGAGUUUUCAGAGCGUUAUAUUUCUAAGUCAGUUACAUAGUACUGCAUACUUUGCUUGGAUAGUUUAAAAUACAUGUUACUUGUUUGUACAGCCUACCGUUGGAAAAAAGAAAACAAGAGUCACAUACUGCAGCAUUGAUGUUACUGUGUGUAUUUUAUGCCAUUAUUUGUGUUGUGUAUUUAUUUUUGUCAUAUUGAUAAAAAUCAUGGGGGUUCCAGUCGGUAUGAGACAGCUUUGCAGAUUUCUGGGGUAAGACUCGUAUCAGAGUUGGAACUGAUAAUCUCUUUAGGGUCAAUCAAACUCCAAUUUCUCUGUGACGAUGAGAUGAAUUGUGGCAUAUGAUUUCUGUGGCAGUUGUGUUCUGUCUCGUUCUAAGUUUUUAUUGAAUUGGCUAAAGUGAAUGAUGUGUUGCUUGGUUGUCAAACCAGAAGAUUUUGUUCUUUUCUUGGAAAUUUUUCCUCAGUUCUUGGCAUGAAAUGAUGUAUUUCAUCUCCAAACAUACAUGUACAGUAUCAAAAAGAGCACAGUGCUUACAAGCCAAGGGAUAAUGCUCAAGGCAAAGUAACAUUUAGUAUGACUUUGAGUUGUAUGGGACAACAAUUUGAGGUUACACAGGGAUAGUAUCACUUAUGUACAGAAUUCUUUAUGUAUAUAUUGAAGAUACAUGUAUAAGCAUUGUGGUAGCAUAAAAAUCUAGAGCCAUAAUUAAGUGUCUUAUAAAGUUCGACAAGCACUAUACACGCUAUAGUUACGAAACAAUAUACUUUGAAAUUUUAUUUUUGCGUAUACAUCUGGAUACCGGUACUGUAACUUAAAACUAUGCAGAUUUGACAAAAGUUGUAGAAAAGUUCUUUGUAUCAGACAUUGUGUAUACCUAGAUAAUUUGAGUCGAAACAGAAGCACAAAAUCAUGUGGUCUACGAUCAGCGUCAAAUAUAUGGUGCCUGCUUGCCCAAGUUUCAGAGGGCUUUCGCCUUCGCUUGUCAUGACCAUUUGAUAAUAGGGCGCUGAUUUUGUUGUGUAUCUGGUAUUUUGACAUUGGUAAGCGAGGGUUCUUUCCUAUUUGUACAGUGUUUUCCUAUGGCUUUUGAAGUCGGACUGUGGAGUUGUGACAUUCAUUAAUAUUCUAUUGUGAAGGGGAAGGACUGUAUGAGAUCAAGUCUGAUGAAUUGAUGGUAUGUAAGAUGCACUGUAUUGAGGUAGUGUAACAUCUAUUGUAAUAGUAUACUGUAUGAGGAUUGUACUGUUUGAAGAUAUGCUGUGUGAAAAAAUGUAAAUGAAAAGAUGAAGAGAAUAAAAGAAAAGAAAAGAUCUCACAAAAGAAAAAAAGAACACCAUGAGACAAGAAAAGAGUGAGACAAGAAAAGAGAGCACCAACAAAAGCUCCAACGAAAAAAGAUAUGUAUGUCAGCACUUUCAAUAGAAAAAAAACAAAAAAAAAAAAAUUUCAAAAGAGAUCAACGGUCACAAUGAAAAGCUUGUUCUAUUGAAAUGAUGCUACAUGUUAGUGUCUUUCAAUUCUUCCUCUCUUUCCUAUCCCUCUCGGUCCUAUGACAUCUGCUUGUCCUGGCUAUCCUGUCUUGGCCAGGUUUCAUGAGCCGUUAGAAUAAGCUGGUUGCAUAGGACUGGAUUCCUUCCUUCCUCUCUUGGGCCUUCGCCUGAAGAAACAGAGCACAAGACAGUCAAGACCCGUAAGAAGCCAGUCAAAGACCUAAAGUCGAAUCAAGACCCGUAACAAGCAAGUCAAGACCCAAGUAAAGACCAAGACAAGCAAAGUCCAGUCUCAAGAAACGCAAGAAGUCCUGAUCCAUGAGUACAGGUGCCAUCGUAAUUCCGAUUUUCUGCAUAAUUCACUGCAAGUUGACUCUCAAAAAUUGUUCUCUUCCUAUUUUGCAGGAUUCUGUUGUGAUGACCUACGCAGACACAGAUUGGUGAAGUAAUGCAGCAGUCAAUCAGAACCCUAUGCCCCCCCUGGUCUGGCAUUCGACACUCGGAGAGAUUUUGGAGGGUCAGGAUUCUACAUGUUUUCACCUGCGUGAAAGAGUCUAUUUGACAGGAAUUCACCAUGUGUAUA